AAGCGCUUCCGGGUGAGAGUUGAGACAACAGAGAUGGCUGCUCCAUGCGUGUUGGAGCUGUAGACCGGCUGGUGCUGUGCGUUGUGAAGAAGAUUCUUUGAAUACAGGUAGAGCCACUGCAGGAGGGAUGAAGGACACUCCUCUGUCCAACUGUGAGCGGGACUUCCUGCUAAAAGCCAUCCAGGAGAAGAAGCGCCUGGAUGGACGACAGACCUACGACUACAGAAAGAUAAAGAUCACGUUUGGCACAGACUAUGGAUGCUGCUUUGUGGAUCUGGGAAAAACCAGGGUCAUGGCUCAGGUGUCCUGUGAGCUGGUGGCUCCAAAAGAGAAUCGACCAAAUGAGGGAAUCAUGUUCUUCAACAUUGAGCUGUCACCCAUGGCCUCACCAGCGUUUGAACAGGGCAGACAGUCAGAGUUAUCAGUGAAGCUGAACAGACAGCUGGAGAGAUGCCUGAGGAACUCCAAGUGCAUUGAUACUGAGUCCCUGUGUGUGGUGUCUGGAGAAAAGGUGUGGCAGAUCCGAGUGGACGUUCACCUGUUGAAUCAUGAUGGGAACCUGAUGGACGCUGCCAGCAUUGCAGCCAUCAGUGCUCUGUGCCACUUCAGACGCCCUGAUGUCAGCAUCCAGGGAGAUGAAGUCACUGUGUACAGUCAAGAGGAGAGAGACCCUAUCCCUCUGAGUAUCUACCACAUGCCCAUCAGUGUCAGCUUCUCCUUCUUCCAGCAAGGAACAUAUUUGCUGGUGGACCCCUGUGAGCGAGAGGAGCGGGUGAUGGAUGGCUUACUGAUGAUCGCUAUGAACAAACACAGAGAAAUCUGCUCCAUCCAGUCCAGCGGGGGCAUCAUGCUGCUAAAGGACCAGGUCAUGAGAUGCAGUAAAAUCGCCAGCGUCAAGGUGUCUGAAAUCACAGAGCUCAUCGGCAAAGCCCUGGAAAAUGACAAGAAAGCCAGGAAGGCGGGUGGCAGGUGUGGUUUUGCAGAGUCUAUUCCUCUGGAGCGAAUCACAGCUUUGAAAAUGGAGGAGACUCCAAUGGAAAUGAUGGACGUGACAGAGAGGGCAAAUGACAUCGUCCAGAAAGCUGAGGUCCCACCUCAGAUGGUACCAUCCCCGGUGGUGCCAGUCCCAGGUGUGGGGCAGGUGGGGCAGGGGCUGCAGAACACCUGGGGCCUGGAGGAAGAGGAGGAGGAAGGGGAGGAGGAGGAGAAUGAAAGUGAGGGAAGUGACAACAGUGCUGAAGAACAGGAGGGAAAAGUAUCACAGAUGGAAGAGGGAAAGUAUGAAAAAGAACAGCUCAAAGCAGGAGAGGUGGUUGAAAUAUCUGACAGCGAAGAGGAGGAAGUGGUCAUUCUUCAUCCAGAGACACGUGACCAAGCUCCUAAAAAUACAGAAUCCAGUUUGCGUCAGAAGGGGGCAGCAUCAAUCAAGAAAAGAAAAUAAUAAAGAAUUAUAGUUAAGAUCACCCAGAAAUUUAAAUUCACUCACCGUCUACUCACCACUAUGCCGAUAGAGGGGUGGAUGAAAGUGUUUGAGUCCACAAAACACUUUAGGAGUAUCAUGGGUAAAUUUGUUGCAGCAGAAUCCAAUACAGUACAAGUAGUUAAUGGUGAGCAAUUCUUCAGACUUCAUAAAACAACAGAAUAAAUAAACACAUGAGCCUCCACACCGCUCGUGUGGUGUUAUCCAAGUGUCAGCAAGCCUCGACAUUCAUAUUCGACUCGGAACGGCGUCAUUUACACUGUGUUUAGCCUAAAUGUCCACAGGAAGUGGCGUUGGUGGUAGACGUUAGCAUUUCCGACAGUCCCUGAAUGCGGACACUUGGGUGACAACACAGGAGCAGUAUGGAGGCAUGUUAUGUUUUUUUCAGUUUUAUUACGCCUGAAGAAGAGGUCACUUUGACUGCAACCCUGACACUCCAAAAGUGUUUUGUGGAUUUGAACACUUCAUCCACCCCUCCAUCGGUGUAGACGUGAAUAGAUGACUGAAUUUUCAUUUUUGGGUGAACUAUACCUUUAGGGAGCCAUUUAUACUCAUUGUACUCACAUGUGUUCACGUGCAGCAGUGUCAGACUCGGCAGUGCCGUGGCUGAGACCUCUCACACAAGUACAUUUGUGAGAAAACAGAUGUUGACAAUGAAACAAGUUACUUCCUGCGGUCAAGUCAUGGAUGUUUGGGUCCAGUGAGCUGUCAUGUGUGAAAACCAGGACAAGUUAGUCCCUGCUUAAAAUAUGUUGCUUGUCUAUUUGAGGUGUUACGGUUCAGGUGCUCCGAGCAUCCUAAAAGGAAGACACACUUAAAGCAGCAACUAAUUUGUCUGGGUAAUGUAUUCACAAAUUACAGCUCUCUUGGCAGAGUAAGUAACUCUGCUCAUUUUAAUGGUCAACAUCCAUGGUCACUCUCCUGCGUUGUGAAUAUGUGGCCUUUGCUUUCAUGUUGACUGAUAAUAUGUGAGACAUCUCAACCACUCAGCACCUCCUCAUGAUGAAGACUGUCCUGGUUUAAAAUGAGUUGUCUGCUGUAGUAGAGAACUGGACUCAUGUGUAAAUACAUCACAAUGUUGGAUUGUUAGCAUGACAACAAGUUAACCAUAUAAAAAGUAAUAUUCCAAAUAGUGACAAUUACAGAUAUUAUUCUCCACUUUGAUGUGUUGCACUGUUUCUGUAGCAUUUGUUUAAUGGUAUAUUUGAUAAGAAAGAUAUUAUCUGUGGUGCUGUUUGUGAACCGAGAA